CCACCAGCAGCUACGACAAUGUCCAAGGCCAAGUUCGACAAAGCCGUCGCCAUCGUCCAGAGCCUCCCCAAGGAGGGUCCCAUCCAGCCCUCCCAGGAGGAGCAGCUCUACUUCUACAAGUAUUACAAGCAGGCGACCGUUGGAGACGUGAACACUUCCCGUCCGGGCCUGCUUGACUUUGUCGGCAAGGCAAAAUGGGACGCCUGGAAGAGCGUUGAAGGCACCUCCACGGAAGAGGCGUACGCCAAGUAUGUCGAGAAGCUGCUCGAAAUCCUCAAGCGGGCAGAUACGGAAGAGUCCAAGAAGUACGUUGCGGAAAUCGAGGCCGCGUAGGGAACAAGCCGCAGUCAAUGUCGUGUAAGAACCUGUACUAAACACCGAACGUGUACGUCUACGGGCCUCUGGCCUUGCCUCCCACUCUCGCCCCACCGGGCCUCAGGGGCGAAGCUUAGGAACGUCAUCGAUGGACACUGGGAACGGACGUGAGACACACGUCCCGAAGGGGCUUCGUCGGCUUCUACUUCCCCUGCCAACUGCCUGGCUGGUUUCCGCCUUUGUCGAGGCCCGGCGCCUUGUGAUGCUUAUAGAGUGGUCAGCGGACGCCCAGGAUGCCGACCCGUAUCCAGAUAUCGAUGAUUCUGCCAUUCAGCGAAGUUCGGAUCGUGCGCGUUUCAGAAUCGUAGAUGGC